GUUUAACUCAUACCAUCUGCUUUUCUUCAAUGUCAUCUUCAGAGGUAAAGACAAAAGUCGUUAUCCCACAAGGAUGGCAUGGCAAUCUAAACGAAAGUCAACAAACAGCCUAUAACACAUUCAAACAAAAAGUAGAGGCAGAUUAUGGUUCUUGUUCUUCAAAUGAAACAUGGUUUGAUGAAGUAACUCUUCUUCGAUUCUUACGUGCACGGAAAUUCGAUGUCGAAAAGGCAAUUGAACAAUUCAGUGCAACGGAUUCAUGGCGAAAAGAGAUCAAUCUAGAACACCUUUUUCGAACUUGUUCGGCCGAAGAAUUAGCACAAAGUAGACGACAUUAUCCUAGAUUUCUAGGUAGAAGGGAUAAACAUGGCAGACCGAUAUUCGUUCUACGGCCUGGUUCGUUGGAUUCGGAAAGACAAAAAGAGAUGUUCAGCAUUCCACCAAAAAGACAAUUUGAGCGAAUUGCGAUCUUGACCGAACUGAUGGUCAGACUUUGGCUUCCUAUGGCGUCUUUCUUAUUGGCAAAAGAGCAUCCUGUCAAAGAAGAUAUCGUUGACUUAGGAGGGGCAUCUUUGGGUAUGAUGUGGACAUUACGUAACCAUCUUAAACAAGCUUCCGUUUUGAAUUCUGCUCAUUAUCCCGAGACUUUGGGGACGCUAGCAUUGGUCAAUGUUCCCACAUUCUUCACAACACUUUGGGGUUGGAUACAAAAAUGGUUCGAUGAAGGAACACGAAAUAAGAUGUUCAUCGUUGAUGCAAAUCAGCUCAAACAAGGAAAAUUACACGACAUCAUUCAUCCUUUUGACCUACCAAAAGUGUAUGGAGGAGAACUGGAAUGGCAAUACGAAGAUGAACCGAGUAUCGAACAGGAAAUCGCUUCCCUUUUGGGUGCUAAAGAAGCUCCAGACGGACCUGCAGAAUGGAAAGAUGGUCAGCUUAUCCUAUUUGACGCAAGUGAAAAAGAACGCUUUCCAGACGCAAUGGUUGGCUCGCAAUAG